UCCAGCCUGGGAGAUGGAGUGAGAUUCCAUCUCAGAAAAAAAAGAAAAAAGAAAAGGGAAUGGAUAAGGUUUUUGUUUAAGUACUAUGAUUCUCUUCUCCCCAGUCCCAUCUAUUUUUUUCUUUUUUCUUUUCUUUUUUGAAGCUUCUCGAGAGAUUUGUGCCUUUGAACUCCAUGGCAUAUUCAUCCUCUAACAGCGACAUAGAGGACUACAGCUCCAAAUCCAAUUCCAACCUGAGCCUCUCUGUGGGCUAUUUCCCCUGUGAGGACACCCCCUGUGAGGACACAACCUCCUGUGAAGACACAACUUCCAAGGAUCCUUCCAUCCACUUUCUCCCUCCCAUCCAAGGGGCAUGGGGGACUGAAAGGAUAAGGAGAUGCAUGAAGAGACAAGACCAAAUUCAGGAUGAACCAGAGCAGUUUUGCAAACUAAGCAUCUUCCUAGCCUGGGACGUGGACGUCAGCUCCAACAACACAGACUCAAUAGCUAAUAGGCUUCUAAAUGGAGACAACCAGUGGAGAGAUGAGUUACCAAAAGAGAGAACAAAACUGUCUGUCAGCAAACUGAAUAAUCUCGUGCAAGAGUUUCAGACAUUUCUAGAAAAUCUGAAAGAUGAUGAAGAUGAUGACGCUGUAUUUCCUGAAACGACUCAGAAAGAUUUCCAGCUGUCCGGCGGCUCCCCUCCAGAAAUGGUUCAGAUGGUAAGCCAGGCAACUGCCAGCCAAAGGACAAGUGCUCCAGAGAUCUCCUCAAUCCUGUCAGAGCAGCCAGAGAAGGAUGACACUCCUUCCCCCAUACAGGCCCAGUGCUGCCUGAACUUUGGGUGGGCCUUCAGCUGGCUGAGUCAGCGUAUCCUCUCCCCUCUGCUGAGGAGGGAUCACCCUGUGAAGGCCACCGAGAGUCCCCACUGGCCAGCACCAAGGAAAAGACUCUUUCACCGAGGCAAGAGAAUUCAACCUCAAGAAACCCUUGAAUUAGGACAUCCCAUACAGACAGAUUUUUAAACUUUUUGGAAAGUUCAAGAUAAUCCAUAAUGAGGAUUCCAUUAAUAAUCCCCAUCAGUUUAUUUUUUCCUCAAUAAACAAAAUAAAUGCUCUUGUUACACCA